AUGUUGUGUUUUUAUGCAGAGAAGGGUGAUGUUCAAAUGAGCGUAUCUGCCUUACUUGUUCUAAAAGGACUAGUACCGUAUGACAUCGUUGAUCCUGAGCUGCAAAAGAUUUGGUAUCAGGCUUACAUAGAUUUGCUCAGUCGUUACGAGUUGUGGUCAGUCGCAGCACUGGUCACCAAAUUGUGCCCAAUCGAAUCGAUUAACAGAGUUAAUCAACAGUCAACAGCCAUUAUUCUAAGCUGCGGAAGGUGCAAGAAGGUUCAGCCAAGUAAGGGGUGCCGCUGUGACAAAUGCAAGUGCGUCAGCAGCAUCUGCAACGUCUGGUAA